AUAAUCAAGAGCAACAGCUGUUUAGGACAGACCCACCACAGGACAAAGGGUGCAGAGCUGUCAGUAGUGACAAGCUGAAAACUGGACAACUAUGAUGAAGAUUUGAUGAAGAGCAGGGAAGCAUGCAUCUGGAUUAAAAAGUGAGUCACACUAAAUAUGUGGUUUUCAGGAAGGUAAUAGAACAGGAAACCCUCAUGCAACUAGGAAGUUCUAGAUGGACAUUUAGAAGAGGAACUCUUACAACGAAAAAUAAAUGAAACCAAACACACAGUACCUGAUAGAUAGGGAGAAGUCAGAGAGAGAGAGAGAGAGAGAGAGAGAGAGAGAGAGAGAGAGAGAGAGAGAGAGAGAGAGAGAGAGAGAGAGAGAGAGAGAGAGAAAGGAAACAAGGGGGAGGGAGUCACACACCAAAAAAGGGCUUGAGCCAGAGCUGGAAUCAAUGCCUAGUGGACAAACGGGAGACGCCACAGGAGAAGAAUAAGGCAACAACAGCAAAUGGUGCAAGAGACAGAGAGAGAGAGAGAGAGAUAGAGAGAGAGAGAGAGAGAGAGAGAGAGAGAGAGAGAGAGAGAGAGAGAGAGAGAGAGAGAGGUUGAGUUGUUGAGUUGUGAGGGGCAUGAAAAACAACAGGGCAAACUAAAGACUGGGCUAUGGAAUAGAGCUGCAGCUCAGCACAUACAGUACUGUAAGCUGUGGUGUGCCAUUAUGUCCACGGGCCCCGGGUCCCGAGAGGCCCCAAUGUCCAGAGAGAAGAUGCUGAAGGAGCCUGGUGUGACAGUGGGGAGCUCGGUUCAUAGUCCUGUGGGACUUCAGACGCUACUUGACCUGCUGGUCGGAGUCUACGAGGAGUUCCAGUGUUCCGAUACGACCAGAGAUAGAUACAUCAGGCGCUUCCUACAAUGGGCGGAACCUCUGGUGAGCCAAGUGAAGAAGACCCGCAUAAAAAGGGAUGAUUUCAACAUCUUAAAGGUGAUCGGCCGGGGGACCUUCAGUGAGGUCGCUGUGGCUAGAAUGUGCAUUACUCAACAGGUCUAUGCACUGAAAAUAAUGAACAAAUGGGACAUGCUGAAGCGUGGAGAGACAGCAUGCUAUCAGGAGGAAAGGGAGGUUUUGCUAAAAGGGGAUCGUCGCUGGAUCACCGAGUUGCACUAUGCCUUCCAAGAUGACAAUUACCUUUACUUAGCAAUGGAUUACUAUGUUGGUGGAGACUUGCUGACAUUGCUUAGUAAAUUUGGUGACCAUAUUCCAGAAGACAUGGCUCAAUUUUACUUGGCGGAGAUGGUGAUGGCUAUUGACUCAGUCCACAGACUAGGCUAUGUCCACAGAGAUGUAAAGCCUGAUAACAUCCUGCUAACAGCAGACGGACAUGUGCGACUGGGGGACUUUGGGUCAUGUUUAAGACUGCAUGAUGAUGGCUUGGUUCACUCCUCGCUGGCUGUUGGUACUCCAGACUACCUGUCUCCCGAGAUCUUGCGAGCAGUAGAAGGUGGAGGAGGCUAUGGCAUAGAGUGUGACUGGUGGGCUCUUGGUGUGUGUGCAUAUGAAAUGCUACUGGGGACCACACCUUUCUAUGCAGAGUCACUGUCUGAAACUUAUGCAAAAAUAAUCCACUUUCAGGAUUAUUUUGAAUUCCCUGCAUCUUCUGUGGAGAUUUCAGAGGAGGCACGUGCCCUCAUCACAGGUUUGCUAUGUGACAGGAAUGAGAGGCUGGGUAGAAAUGGCUCUGCAGAUUUCCGGAGUCAUCCUUUCUUCAGUGGGCUCGAGUGGAGUGUCCUGCACCAGUUGCCUGCUCCCUAUCGGCCUGAAGUCUCCAAUGCUACAGAUACUUCCAACUUUGAUGUGCUGGAUGACUGCCUCAGUGAAACAGAGACUCUGACUGAUGUAAUGGACAGAGCACCUAGAGGAAUUCACCUAGCAUUUGUUGGAUACUCUUAUACAGCUACCAGAGAAACAGGUGCUGUGGACCGCAGCCAAGACAUCAUGAUGGAGAUUGACCAGCAGCCAGUGCUUGAGUCUCUGUACCUGCCGGAGAAACUGAAUCAAGUGUGGCAGGUCAGGGAGCCUCAUGAGGUGUCAACACAGACAGAUUUUCCUCUGGCCCUUGAACACAGUACUGUAGAGCCAUCAACGACACCAGAUACAGAACAGAACAACACCCAACUACAGGAGCUGCAGAGGCAACUGAGUGAGGCUGAGCAAAGAAACAGAGACCUGAAACAAGAAGUACAAACCCUUCAUGACGUGAUCCACAGACUCAAGGUCCAGCAGGACAAAGAACUGUGUAUGUACCCAUCACCUGUCUUUCUGCCUGCCUGCUGUUUGGAGACUUUCAGGGAUAACUCAUCAGUGCCCCCUGCCUGCCAUUACCCACUAGUGAGGCCUCUGCUGCGCCACCUGCUGCUCUUCCACAGGGUGCGUUUGCCACAGGUGAAGACUGAGUCGUAUCUGCUAUUGUGUGCAGCAAGCAGAGAACACCAGAUGUGGGAGUGUUUCUGCAGUUUUGAGCUCUCCUGAGUGCUACUGUGUGAAAAACUGAUCUCGGGUUGACUGUGUGGGUUCAGCAUAAUACAGUAGUCUGAUGUUCUCAGUGUGCUUGUAUAAUUCAGUCUAUAAAAAUCUCCAUACUGUACUACUCGACACCACACUGCUGACAGCCACUCUGUCAUUAACACCAUUCAGGGGUACUGUAUUUGCAACUGGGGUUCAUUCAGUAACAAUCAGCAAGCUUAAUUUCUUAAUGUUUACUUUAUAGACCUCAUUGAUUGCAGGUUCAUGCAGGCUGACAUUUGAUUGCACUUGUUAUUGAAAAAUGGGUUUAUGGUCUUUAUAGUUUGUAUGAUUCUCCUUUGUAUACACACUUAAGCUUUUGGAAAGUAAUUUAAAACAAGUGCCUUCUGAUAUAGUAUAUCACGUUUGUGUGUCAGGCACUGACACUAACACAUUCACAUUAGCUUAAGUUACCGAAAAAAUAAUAAAUAGGAGCGGACAUAUAGAAAGACCACUGAAUCCCAGGUGUGCUGUUAUAAUGCACUGUGUACUGAAAAGAUUUUAUUUUCUCUUGUACAAAGAAAGUAUUAAAUCUAUUGCACAUUUUAAAGCUAUAAAUGUUAGCUAAAUAUUACAUAUUUAUUUCAGGACUACUAAAGUUUAUAUGUCCAUAAAAUGCUUGACUGAAUAAUUGCUGUUUAUGGUGUGGCAAAGGCAUUAUUAUAUCUUUAUAAAGGUAUUGAUAAUGUUAUUUUUUUUUUUAAAUCGAAAAAUAAAAACUGUGUGCAUCCAAUAUCA